UAAAGCCUAAUUAGCUACUACCUUCAGUCUCUCAUCUGCUGAAUCAUCGCCACCGUCAACCGCCACCUGAACAACCGUCAACCACCGCCUUCAAACAGAUGGCUUCAGAUGAGAAAACUCAAGAUCAAUUAAACCCUCCCUCUCCUUCUUCUUCAUCAGACCCAUGGAAAGAGCGCAUUCUCAUCCCCACUUUACUCGCAGGGAUUGCUGGUGGAGCUGUUGGGUUAAUUUCAAAGCAUAGAAAAGUGCAGGGGCUUUCAAAAAUAGCAGCUACUUAUGCAUUUAAUUCUGCUGUCGUCGCAGGCUGCUACUGCGGUGCUCGUGAAUUCUCGAGGGUGACUAGAACUGGACAGCCAGAUGACUUGUUCAACUCCGUGCUUGGAGGUUUUGCUAGCGGGACCAUUCUCGGACGCCUUCAAGGCGGUCGAGCUGGCGCAGUUCGUUAUUCAUUUAUAUUUGCUGCUGUUGGGACAGCAGUUGAUUAUGCUACACUAGAGUUAAAACCUGUCAUAACCGACUUCUUCACGGAGAUGAAAAACGAAGAUUGGUUUAAAGUACCUGAAUGGUCUCCCAUUCGUGUACUUGAUGAAGAAGCUGUUGCUGCAAAAAAAGCUCAAGAAGAACAAAUCUUUCGUAGAGUCCAUAAUCUCAACAAGGAAGACUCCUCAUAACAUCCUCUUUUUUUUUUUUUUUUUUUUUUUUUACAGGGCUUCAGUUUCAACUCUUAUAUGUAAUUCAUAGUUCUGUGAGGUUUGCGAUAAAAUAUCUAUUUUGUGAUUGAAUUCAUCUAUACUCUGGACAGCGGUAUUUUCAUUGCUGUUAAAAUGAUAAUAAAGCUCUCGAAGAGUGUUGAUGACCUCAGCGAGUGGGGUCCUUUUGCAGACAGAGGGGGUUCGAGCAAAGAUCAAACUAACGGACUUCUUGAUCUGCAUCUCUUAGAAGGUUUUGGACCGAUUUUUGUACUGGGAUUUUUCAUCCACUUAGAAAUCGAUUUUCUAUGAAUGUCCACUUCAAGUGGUGGUCUCGCAAAUGUUACAUCGAAUUUUCGGACUUAAAAUGUGUAUAGCUAACCAGCUUUUGAUCAUACUUUGGGCUUGUUCCUUUUUUUUAUUGAAUUUUGAAUGAUAGAUUGUUGUUAUUUUUAA